AUGAGUGCUGCAGAAGAGCAGUUCAUUAUCGAGGAAGAGUGGCUAGAAGAGGACUUCAUUGGCGGCGCAGCCUAUGAAGAAGUCGUGGUAGAAGAUGUGGAGGUGCGUGAAGUGAAACCAACAAAUCCUCUUCAACGUUCAUUAAGUAGUGCGGACUUCUCUUUCGACGGUUCCACGAUUGUUGAAUUUGAUCUUGGAUCUUACAAUGGAGAGUGGUCAUCUGGGGAAGGGGAACCUGACAAUUAUGAAGAAGCCUGUCGGAAGUUGAUCAAGCUAGUAUAUCCACAAGGAGGAUCCCACGAUGCGGAUGACAUGAUUCGUCGAUGUGACUUGAAAAACCUUUACAGAAACUUGAAACAACAGCACAAACUUCUCAUUCACACCAAGAAAAGUUUGGCGGAAUGUGAUGGAAAACUGGAAAGGUGGGAAUCCUUUGAUGACUCAAAUGGGGCUUUCAGCGUUGAAGCUGUAGAUCAGGCUAUCAUAUCGUUUGGUGAACCUCCUAAUGAAGGUGAAAUACAACACAAACAAGGCAUAAAUGAUGAACAGAAAUGGCCCGACAUUGAAGAUUUUGCAAACCCAUGGGAGUCAAAACAAUACGAUGAACUGAGUACUGAGAAUCCUAGUGAAAAUGAUGAUCCAAUCAUAGGCUCUGCUGCUGUCGAAGAAACACAAGAUCAAGUCAUGGUGGAGCCGCAAAGCGAGUCAUCUGCUGAUGCUCCAUUGAUUCCUUGGUUGGAGCGAAAUGCUGAUGACCCAGAUGACUAUGAUGCGGCUUGCCGUGAAUUAAUUCCCCUCGUUUAUAAGGAUGAAGAUGAAAGAGAUCCCGACAAAAUGCUUCGUCGAAGCGAUCCAAAAGAUUUGUACCGACAUCUGAAACAUCAGCAUUGGUACCUUGUCCAUUCUGGGGCUAUACCAGGAAUCGCCAUUGAUAAUCAAAUUUCGGCCAUCAGCAAAAGUGCAGAAAGGAGUCAAGAUGUAAAUGCAAUGGACCCGGAGCCACCUGCUCACAUCAUGAGGGAAUUUCGAAACAGUGUGGGACAGUGCGGUGAUGGUACGGCUAAGAUUCCUGCUGCGACUCUAGGUGAAAUACCUGAUGCCCGAACAAACAAGCAAAAGAAUAUGACUAGCAAUUCGGAAGAGACGGAAGACGAAGAGGAAGUGGAAAUAAUAAAAUGGCUGGAUCGAUAUGUGGGCGAACCCAAUGAUUAUGAAGAAGCCAGUCGAAAACUUCUUGCAUUGCUAUACAGUGAAGACGAGGAAUGUGAUGCAGAAACCACGAUGAGUCGUAGUUCACCAAAGGAAUUGUACCGAUAUUUGAAACAACAGUAUUGGUACCAAAUGCAUAUGGGCACACUUUCCGAAAACCAAAUGAGAAAAGGUUUACAGAUGUCAAAAACAACAUCAGGAGAAUCCUCGGCGCUACUUGAAAGGAACAAACUAAUUGCCACUGUCAAAAAUCGCAUUUCCCUUAUUGAAUCAACUGGCGUUGGAGAGAUGUAUCAACAUCAGCCGAGCAGUUUGGUAUCACCAGCGACAAGCUCACCUGCUGGGACAUUUGCUGUCGCCACUCAAAUGGCGAUUGAACCACAGGUUGGCCGGCAUCCCCAAUCAUCGGAACUUAUUCACGAAGCUGACGAUCCAGUUGCGUCUGGAAAGCCCAUGCAACAGCUGUCAUCUCUCAUGAUUGAGGACAAAAUUGUAGGUUUUGAUGACGUGGACUCCUUUGAAGCAUCGUCAUCUUUGGAGCCACCUCCACACCAUUCACAAACCUUAAUCGAUGACCGAAAAGACCGCUCAUAUAGACCCGACAAUGCUGAGCACCAUGAAACUCAGAAUACGCAGAAUCAAGGAAUUUCCAUGCAUGUUGAUCCUAGUUCUGUGCAUCCUGACGAAAAUAGCAGGAGUGACAUACAAAUGAAAAAGGCCUUACCCCACGCUAUUUUGGAUCAGGUGAAUGAAGACAAGAUGCCAAAACUGGGCGAACAGCAUCAAGUUGGGAGAGAAAUGAGGAAAACAGACGCAACGGGUAGCCAUGCUGAUGUGCAACCUUUCUUACAUGGUCCAACUUUAUCAGAUCAUCCCUUGAAGCAUAGAAACGACGGAACACUUGAAACAGGCUCAGGUUUGGAGAAUUCUAGUACAGAACUGAACAGUGAUCGCUCCAGAUUUGGAAAUACAGGGUUGCAAAGGAGUAAGCGCAUGAUUUUCACUGAUUCAGUAAGGCGUCAUGGCAGCAAGAGAGCCAAAAGUGAAGUCGGCGCGCCAUCUGGUGGAAUUCAUAAUUCAGGAAAGCCGCUCACUCCAGGAAAGCAGGAGCAGUUUCAAUAUAGCAGUGGGCAAACUCGGUCUCCCCUGAACCAUCAUCAAGAGAAAGAUUUGAAAGACUCUUUCGAGUCAGAAGCUAUCGAAACACUGAAAAUUGCUUCAUUGCAAAUUGAAAAUUCAAAGAGAGUAGAGGCGGAAUUUUACAGGCCCUUUCUUUUCUCAACAUCGCUUGCAAAGGGCAUAAUUGAUGGGAGUUUGAUUAGAAGUGCUUCGAAGCAGUUUAGGGAUGGUGUGGACUUCCCUCCAGAUUACACAUGUGCUCUCAAGCGUGCGGCAACCAUGAUGCUGGAUGGAGAUGCAGAUUCCAGCAAAAUUGGGAAUAGUGUUGUGAAUGUUGAGACAAUGGUGGAAGAGCAGAGAAGGAUGUGGGAGAAUGCCAGUUUCUCAUCCAAUGGCAAUGAGGAAAAUGCAGGAAAGCAGCUUUCUGCACAUCAUGACCCUGGCUGUAGAACAAGGAGAAUUAAUGCAAAUAUUGAAAAUACAAACGCCGACCUCCAAGUUGGCGCAGUAUUGUGUGGUAGAGAGUCCAGGGAAGCAAGAACAAUCACAGGACGUAGUGUAGGUGACAAAGACAUUUCUUCAUCUUUGUCUUCCCUUAGCUCUCCUGCGAACUCAUUUUGGCAAGAAGAUGUGAAUAAAGUGGAGCACACCAGUACUUCCAGUACAUUUGAUCAAGUGGAUAUGACCAAGCGACAGCAUAUAAUCAAAGAAGAGCUUUUUUCUAUUGUUUCAGAUGCAGAGAAUAUAUUAGGGGACACAAUCAGCGAGGAGAUGCUGGCAGCAUUAAUACUCGCCGCAACAAAAUUAGCGCACCGGAAACAAUAUGACAACUUUGCUAAGGACACUAUCAUCUACCUCCCAUCUGUUGCAAAAGCAGUCUUGGACAACAGCCUACUUGGUGACGCUGCAAGGCACUUUGGCAAGGACAUAUCGUCACAAUGUAUAAACGCCUUGAAAGCAGCGUCUGAAAAAGCGGUCGACAGGAACUUAAACAACAAGUACAUAGAAAGUCGUGCAGUGACCUUAAAUAUGACAUUCCCAGAUAAAACGAUUCAGCUAUCCAAGAUGUCACAAUCCGACCUGCAGUCAAAAGAGGAUGUUGCAGCACCAAAAACAUCGCAAGCUGAGAAGCUAACCUCUGUAGCAGAUGAAUGGAAUGGUGCCAAUGCCGACGUGUCAAACUUAUUAAAUGACAGGACACGCAACAAUGAGGAUGAAGAAGGAUUGGGUUCUACUGAUCUGAUGGAGCUCAAGGAGAAGGCCGAGCUUCAACUUGCACACUACAGGGACACAAAAGAAUGCCUUUUGAAAGAGUAUGCUGAAAUAGAGCAAGAAAUGAGCCUUGAUAAGGAGCGCAUUGCACAAAAGCUUGAUAGUCUAGCAGGUUCCUGUGGACUAGAACAGCCAAGAGGUGAUUGGAAAGAGGCGUCACCCAACAAGGCUUCAUUGGCGAGAGAACUGAAGCAGUUGAGGGAAAGUCUAGCAUCUGAGAAAGAAAGACUUGAAAAAGAAAGGAAUCAUCCCAGUUCAGCUGCCAGUGGUGGAGACAAGAACACUGGCCUUUUUGGAAUGUUUGACGUUCGGAGAAGAGCAAUGGAUCUGGAAAAAGAAAAAGAACAACAGGCAAAACUGAUGCAGCAAAAGAUUCGGGAAAUGGAACUAGAACAUCGUCUGACACAGAUGGAAAUGGAGAUAGCAACUGUCCAACAAAAGUAUGACAAUUUGCUGGACCAAGAAUCGGCAAAAACGGUUGAGAUUGCAGAUUCUUCUCCGUCUAGCAAUCACCGUCUAAAUACAAAACGGGUAAGUCCACUGCAAAAGUCUCGCAAGGGUGAAGAAACUUUUCUUGAAGCAAGAAAGAGGCUCCAUGAGAGACUCCAUGCAUUUGAAAAUAGGAGAAGAGACGAUGAAUCAUGGUAUUGGACAAAAAAAAGAGCAACAAUGGCCAAGUCUGAGAGUUGGAACAACAGACAGCAAGGUGAAUCUUCAAAAUCAGAUCAAAAUGGUCCACAACAAAGGGACGCCGCCGCACCAGCUGGUGGAACGAACGGCAAAGAAAGCAAAAGGGUCUCAGCAAACCUCCUAUCACCAGUCUCAAGCAAGCAAGAUCGUCGCAAACAUCUCUCACUCAAGGCUUGUGAGGUAUCUCAUAUCCUUGGAGAUCAGGCAAAGGAGGAAAGAAAUCCUAAUGCUGGGUAUGGGGAGGGACAACAUAUUGGGUUGAUUGAAUCUAAGAAUGGCGGCAUCUCAAAAGUAGGAAAAACUCCAAGAUCUGGGUGCAUCAUUCCUGACAAUCUAGGAGAAGUGAAUCAACUUGCAACGGUACACUCAUCAGACAUGGAUUCACCAGCAACCACAGAACUGUUUGGCUCAUCAUUACAGCCAUUAAAAACCAAACCACUAUUGUUUGCGGCACAAAAAGCCCCAGUCGAAGUGAUACAGAAGCCUCAACAGUCGUCCCUGACGGUUACAGAACAGGUGAAAGAAGAAGAGGAUUCUGUCUCUUUGCUUGACAGCGUGAGCAGAAGAGUACCAGAUCACUCUGUGGGGUUGAACCAACAAUGGAUCCGAUCAACAGAUCUGAAGUCGUUGGCAUCCGUGGACAUCUCAGAGUCGCCCGUCUCACCUGGGCCUGACAAGCUAUUCAUUGCCUCUGCAAUGGAAGAAAUGGAGGCCAUAGCAGAGCAGCAUGGAAGUGAGCCAUCAUUGAACAUUCAGCAAAAGGAAACAGACCCAGAAAUGAAAACUAGUCAAAAUACACCUCAAGGAAAUGGGAAGAAACUUUUGAUGCUAUUCUCAAGCAGCACUAUUGAUCGCUUGCAACAAACAAAUCAACAUUGCGCAAUUGCAGUCCUCAAGGCUCAAAAUAUCAAGUAUGAGUCCUUGGAUGGAUCUGAUGCAAUUUCAGCUGCAAAGAGGAACAAACUUUUUUGUCUCAGCAAUUUACAAGGAACAUACCCGCUCUUCUUUGUUGUUGAAGGUGCAUCAAUAAAUUUUGUUGGAACUUUUGAGAGUAUUCAAGACCUCAAUGAUAGAGGGUUGCUGGAGAGAUUGCUCAAUGACCGUGAAGAACACUACCGCCAAGAGUUUAUGGAGCUGCUAGAGUGUGAUGAUAAGGGAGAGAGCAUGGACAAGGACCGGCUUGAUCAUUUACAGCUACAUGCUCGUAAAAGAGUGGGGGAAGAGCUGAGUACAAACGAGGGCUUCAAUUUAGAAGAAUUUGAACAAAAAGAGGCAAAGCUGGAAAAGGAAGAAAGUUCAAAUUGCAGUGUUUUGCAAAGAGACCCAGACAGAGAGAGAAAAGACAGUGUUGACUUGCAAAAAGCGCCUUCACUUGGCAGUUUUCAAAGGAAUGGGGCCACAAAUGAAGGUGAAUGGAGCUCUACUAAAGGGGAGGAAGAGAUAAAUCACCCCCCUGUAUUGCAACAGAAGAAAAUGGAGCAAGUAUCCCCUUCCAUGCAAGGUCAUCCUCUGUCUAUCACUCUAAGCUGCAAUUGGUCACCAAAGAAUCAAAAGAGCUUGUCAAUAGAACAAGCAAACUUACCUGAAGCCUUUGUUAGAGAGUUGGGAGAUGAAAUGUUGGAAAGCCAAGAUGUAUUGAAGGAGACCGACACACUUGUUUCAUCCAAAGCCGCUCUACCAAACAAGACGGAAAGCACAAUCAAUGAGAAAAAGUCAAGAAAGGAAAUCCUUGCAGCAAAACAAAAACAGAUUGUGGAGUUGAGGAGAGCAAAAUGGGGAAUUCAAACUGAGAAAAACGCCAAUUCAAAUGAGAAGAAAAAGUCCAAUGUAACUUCUCUGUCGGGCAGUGGGGCAUCAAGAUUGGAUCCUAGCAUGGGUGACAAAAGAAGGAAAGAGAAAAUGGCAGAAUCAAAACGGCUUGCUGAGAAAACAGCAAAGACGCGAGAGGCACGUCUUGCAAGAGAGGCAGAACUUCAGAAGUGCACUGAACAAGUUAAGCAAAAGGGCCAUAUUCUCUCCGCAAAUCUUGAGAAGCAGAGUUCUGCUGAAGAGGACAUGGCUUUAUCUUCUCUCAACAUCAAGAAGGGUAUGUAUGUUUCCAGCAAUGGCCGUAUACACCAAGAGCGUUCAGAACACCCGCUUCUUGUGCAUCUGGUUAAGGAGGUGGGACGAUUAUCCAGCUUUAUCUCCAGGUACGAGAAGAAGCUUGAAACAACAUGCAAAUCAAUUCUUUCUGUUGCCCAGACAACUAGCCAAGAAGUAGAUUUAAAACGUGUCCAGGAUCUUGGUUUGCCUGAUAUGUACAAUUAUAUUGCGGACCAGCCUUGGUUCAAGGAGCUUACAAGUGAAGACUUUUCUUGGCCGCUGAGUAUGUCGAAGAGAAGAAACGAAGACAUUAUCACAUCCCAUUUGGUUGCCUUCAACAACCCUGAUGAUUAUGUUGCUGCUGACAGCUCAAGACCCAAUGAUCAAGCGAACUCAAGAAUAUAUGCGCUAAGCAACCUUGGGAAACAAUUUAUCAAGAUUGAUGGACCUGGUGCUGGCGAUACUGGAAGAUUUUUGACUUCUCUUGGUUCUCGUCAGGGCUGGUCAAAGCAACAGAUUGUGGAAAUAUGGUCAGACAUUUCACGACUGUCAGGGGAUGAUCAGAGUGAUCGCAUUUCUAAAAACAUUGAACACAUCAUGUCGUUUUGUUUGAGUUCUGGGUUCAUUGGAUGA